CUUGUCUCCUCCCUCCCAACAUGGCUGCCAUCAGGAGUGGGGUGACUCCGAGCUGCUUAGCAAGAUGUUUCCUGAGUCAGACUGGGAAACCGAGCCGGAGCAGCUGUGUUCUUCCAGUUAUUCAGAAGCAGCUGUUGCUUCAGAGCUCCAGCCUGCACACGCUGUUUAGCUGUAGCAGGUCUCAGAUCAGCUUCAAGCAGCGUGGAAAGUUCGUCUGGGUCAGCGCAGUCACCGCAAGACACAACAGCUCACAGAUCCCACCUGGUGAUGGAUCGAUACCACCUUCUGUCCCGGAGUCUUCCUCAGCAUCUCUGGCUGCUGACUCUGUCCCUGUCCUCACACAGUCAGUCUCCCAGCAGAUCCCAGCUGAAAGCGUCUCGGCGGCGGCUCCUCUGUCCAUAAACUCCUCAGCUCUUCCAACACAGCCGGUCAUCGAGCAGGUGGGUGAUGUGGCCCCGGUUGCAGCAGACGUCCUGCAGGCUGUGGCUGCAGAGCCCAGACUGGUAGAAUUGGGACUAGGAAGCUACACUCCAGUGGGUGUGAUCCAGAACAUUUUGGAGUUCUUUCACAUGGAUCUGGGCCUACCCUGGUGGGGGGCUAUAGUCGUAGGGACGGUUCUGGCCCGUUUGGCAGUGUUCCCCGUCAUAGUGAAGGGUCAGAGAGAGGCAGCCAAACUGAACAACGUCCUGCCCGAGAUGACCAAACUCACCAACAGGAUGAACGAGGCCAAGCAGAGCGGGAAUAAAUAUGAAUUUGCCAAAGCCUACUCUGAUCUGAACCUGUUCCAGAAGAAACAUGAUGUAAAUCCCCUAAGAGGUUUCCUGGUUCCUUUGGUCCAGGCUCCAGUCUUUAUCUCGUUCUUCAUCGCUCUGAGGAAGAUGGCGUAUCUGCCGGUGCCCAGCUUACAGACAGGAGGUUUAUUCUGGUUCACCGACCUGAGUGCAGCAGAUCCUUUUUAUAUCCUCCCUCUUGCAGUCACUGGGACGAUGUUCUUCAUCCUGGAGCUUGGUGCCGAGUCUGGUAUCGACAACCCAAAUCUGCGAGCCAUGAAGACAGUUUUCAGAAUCAUGCCUUUCAUCAUCCUCCCUCUCACCAUCAAUUUCCCCACGGCGGUGUUCACCUACUGGCUGACCUCCAACUGCUUCUCUCUGGGUCAAGUGGCUUUGCUAAGGCAUCCUGCAGUCAGACAGAAGUUUAAGAUCCCAGAGAGGAUCAAACACCCGGCCACAGCGCUGCCUCAGAAUGAGGGACUCAUUGAGAGCAUGAAGAAAGGAUGGAAGAACGCCCAGCUGGCUCACCAACUGGAAGAGAGGGAGAGAAGAAUAAAGAAUCAUCUGGACCUCGCCGCUAAAGGUCCACUAAGGCAGACUUUUACCCAUAAUCCUCUGCAGCAGACACCAAGGAGCACCGCAGCAUCAACUAAACAAAAGGAAGCCGGAGUCAAAGAGAAGCCGUGGAAGAACACGAUUGGAUGAAUCCAGUUGGCUUUAAGCUCCUCUGUGUAGAGAACCCGUGUACAUAUUUAUAAACAGGAGAGAAGGGGGGAGGUGCCGGGAGGCCAUGUGACUAUGUAUUCUAAACAAAUAUAAACAGCUUUAAAAGCAUCUCCUUGGUAAUAAUGUUUGUUAUCUAAAAUCCAAAUCUCAGCUUUUUAUUUACAAACCUGAGUCGUUUAAAGGUGUAAAGUCCUUUUAUUAUAAAUAAA